AUGUCUCACUGCAGGGUGCUGUUUUUCUUUUAUUUCAGUGUGGCCGGUUGGGUGGAGUUGCACCAUCCAUCCUUUGACAGGUGCCAGGUGCUAGAACACUUUGCUGCCACUCUGCAAGUUGCCAGGGGCCACAGCAAUUUUUACAGACGAGCAAAGAGAACAGUGAACAGCGCAGUACUGGCAUCUCCAAAUCUCACUCCAAAUUUCCUGAGAGUAGCAAUCAGCGGCAGCAGUGCCUUAGAUCCAGGGGUGUCCGUUGACUUAUCGCCUCCAGAGGCGGCCAGGGUUUUUUUGGGGAUGAAUUUGGUACACCGCUAUGAGGCUGUCACAACAGAUACCCAGACAUGCUGUUUUUUAGUGGUAAUUCCAGACAAAGGAAGGAUGAACAACACACUUCUCACUGACAAGUUCUCCACAGCCCUCCAUUUCCAGAAACUUAUAAUGAACAAAUGCCGACAUGUACCUGACAUUACAGCAUUUCUGGGAACAUCUUACAGCCUGGUAAUUGUCCUGGGCUUGCUGGGGAACAGUUCCUUGAUAUAUGUACUCUGUCGAAGAAAAGAGAAGGGCAAUGUGACUAACAUUCUUAUUGCCAAUCUAGCCUUCUCUGACAUUCUAGUAGGAAUCUUCUGCUUACCGUUCUCAGUUGUCUACACCAUCAUGGAUUACUGGAUGUUUGGCCGGUGUUUAUGCAAGAUCACCAAUUUUGUUAUGUGUGCAUCUGUUACAGUAUCAGUCAUGAUCCUUGUCCUCAUUGCUUUGGAAAGACACCAACUUAUUCUACAUCCCACUGGGUGGAAACCCAGUGUCCUCCAAGCUUACAUAGCUAUAUUACUUGUUUGGGGCAUGGCUUCCCUUCUGGCUGUGCCAUUGGUCAAUGCCGUAGAUUUGACAGAUGGCAUUCACAAAAAUAUUUCAGAUGUUAUCGACUCUCUUGCGGACAAGUCUGCUUGCUUUGAGAACUGGACCUCUAUUCAGGAAAGGAGAGCAUAUAUUGUGACAAUACUGCUCAUGCAAUACAUAGUGCCACUUUGCUUAAUUCUAUGCUGCUACCUCCGGAUAUAUGUGUAUUUGCGCCAUAGGGAAGGUCUGUUAGGAAGGAGCUAUAGCCACAUGAGAAGAAUCAACAUCAUGUUAGGCUUUAUGGUUGGAGCCUUUGCCAUUUGCUAUCUCCCACUUCAAAUUUUUAACAUAAUUGUGGAAUGGGACCAUCAACUGAUUUCCGUGUGCUACCACAAUCUUAUUUUCUCCUUGUGUCAUCUGUUAGCCAUGAUAACAACUUUCAUCAACCCUGUCAUCUAUGGUCUCCUUAACAGCAAUGUGAAGCAAGAAGUAAAGUUAUUAGUUGAGAGGUGUGCAGGGCGGACACAGAGGACGCCCCAAACCCUGGAAGAGCCAGAAAAGCAUCCACUCUCCAAGUGUGGUUCAGCUUUGCCUGGUUCACCAAGUUCCAAUCAUGGACAAGAUAUAUGUUGAGAGGCAGCAUGUUAGCAGUUACAUUCAC